UCAGUCUCAGUGUGCGGAUCGGAUCGUCGUGUUGCUUGUCAUUUCCACGUUCACUCGUUUCGUAACAGAUCUUCGAACAGUCGGGUCUCUAACUUUUUUUUUCUUUUUCUUUUUAACGUUAUUGGCGUGUGAACGCGCGAUAAACAAUGUCGGUCGUUUACAAGAACACGAUGAACGCGAUUGGCAAGUGUGUGCCGCAAAAGUUUCAGCCACUGUGGAAUCACCCAGCUGGUCCGCAGACUAUAUUCUUCUGGGCACCAGCUUUUAAAUGGGGACUUGUAGUAGCUGGCCUCGGUGAUCUGCAGAGGCCAGCAAACCAAAUUUCCAUUAGCCAAUCAAGUGCCUUGGGCGUUACUGGCGUGAUAUGGACCAGGUACUCGCUGGCGAUCACUCCGAAAAACUGGAGCCUUUUUAGUGUAAAUCUCUUCGUGGCCAUUACAUCUUUAUACCAAGUUAGUCGAGCAAUAAUGUACCAACGUGAACAGGAAGCUUUAAAGGAAAAGUCUGCAGCAACGGCGAAGGAGAAAUAGUGACUAUAUUGAAGUAAUGCACAUUCCUAGGGAUACAACUACAUAUAUGUAUAUAUGUGUAUAUAUAUAUAGAGAAUGUUAGGCAUAUUUUAGUGACUUGUGGAACGUAUUCGACCGUUACACAACUCUGAACAAAAAGAGAACAAACGUAAUUUUAGAAAAAUGACGCGGGUUCAUAAUUGGUUUGAGCAUGAACUUACAGUAAUCAUGAAAGUUUCGUAGUAAAAUUGUAAAUACUUCUCUCUAAUUAAAUGUACGUUAUAUAUAUAUAUAUAUAAUAGGGGUGCAUCAGACAGAAACAAUCAUGAUGAUAACAGAAAAAAGCAAUUACGAAAUACAAAAAGAUAAGCAAUUGCAAGUCAGGGUUAUAACAGAAAAAAAAUCAAAUACUGUAAUCAAACAUAUUCAAGAAUGUCGAGAUACCAAAUAUACAAUGCCAAAAUUCGGGAACGUAAAACACCAAAUAUAGAAUACCAAUAGUCAAAGUUUAAAAUAUUAAUAAUCGGAAAAUAGAAAACGUCGAAUAUUAAUAUUAUGUUUAAAUUCACGAUACCAAAAAAGAAAAAGGAAGACUCGAAUACCUGUGAUAUCGAACCUAAGGUGCUGUUCGUAUCUUUAUUCCACUAGCAAC